CCGGCCCGAGGAGGCGGCCCCGGCCCCAUGGAGUGCUACUACAUUGUCAUCAGCUCCGCGCACCUCAGCAACGGGCACUUUCGCAACAUCAAGGGAGUUUUCCGCGGCCCCCUCAGCAAGAACGGCAACAAAACUCUGGAUUAUGCUGAAAAGAAAAACACGAUAGCAAAAGCUCUGGAAGAUCUGAAAGCCAACUUCUAUUGUGAACUCUGUGACAAGCAGUACUAUAAACACCAGGAGUUUGACAAUCACAUCAACUCUUAUGAUCAUGCUCACAAACAGAGGCUGAAGGAGCUGAAACAGAGGGAGUUUGCUCGAAAUGUAGCAUCUAAGUCACGAAAAGAUGAAAGAAAACAGGAGAAAGCCCUUCAACGUUUGCACAAGCUAGCUGAGCUAAGGAAAGAGAGAACCUGUGCUCCUGGGAGCGGCCCUAUGUUCAAAUCCACCACGGUGACUGUGCGAGAUGAUUGCAGUGAUGUCCCCAAAAGUGCUGCCACAGAUUCUGCCAAGAGCCAGGAUUUCAGCUGCACACUGAUGCACGAUGCACAGAACUGCAAAGACUUCGCUUCCGUUGUUUCUCCCUCUCCUGGAGAUGCAGGUGGUCACCAAUCCGACCCUAGCAAAUGCGGAGAUCAGCUUCAAGGAGCUCAAGGACACAGAGUUGGGUUCUCCUUUGCUUUUCCUAAGAAAGCAGCAGUCAAACUGGAGUCUUCAGCUGCUGUUUUCUAUGAGUUUAAUGAGGAGGCUUCCAUGGAGCAUGGAUUUAGCAGGAGGAGUAGGUUUGUUCCGGGAACGGGCAACCUUCAGUCUCCUUCAGCAGCAGCAGAAAUAGUUGUGUGCCCUGAGGAGAAACACAACUGCUCUCACCCACUGGUGGAAAAAUGCACGGACACAGCAGAGGCUCCUGAAGCUCAGGAGUCCAAGGAGCUGUCCAGUGAAGGGAGCAGGGUGCUGGAGAGCCCAGCUUUGCCUCCUGCCAUGUCCCACUCAAAGCAGCCAGUGUCCUCAGACACGGAUGGCCACGGUGUGGAUGUGAGUGUGGCAGAAUUAGGGGACCAAAGGCUGGCCCUGGCUGCAGACAGUGCCCAGGCCCUGCCCCACUCCCCAGAGCUGCAGGCAAACAGAGCUCCUGAGCAGGAACUGGUGGAGGAUUGUUCCUCUCUGCAGGAUGCUGCAGAGGAAAACUGUAAUGAUGGGAACAGGGACCCACCUGCAACUGAAAGUGAAAUAAAAAAUCCGGGGGCCGAUGCAGGAGUUGCAUCACCGUCUGAAGAAGGUAGUGGAGCCCCAAAGAGCAAACCAGAAUUAUACAAGAGACCCUGUCAGCCCUUUGUUCCUGUUCUUAGCAAAUAUGGGUCAAAUGUUCUUCAGUGGCCAUCAGAAAUGUUAAUUUAUACAAGUACAGACCCAUCAAUUUCUUAUAGCUGUAAUCCUUUAUAUUUUGAUUUUAAGUCAUCAAGAGCAAGUGAAAGCCAAGAAAAGCCCAAGCAUCAACCAAACAUACCUCAUUUGCACCAUAAAACUGAAUCUGAUCAUAUCUUAGUCUCAGAUUUUACAAAAAGACCUACUUCAGAGUGUGGUGAUUAUGAAGUAGAAGUGAAUAAAAAUGUGUGCAACUAUACAAUACCCCUGUUAAGUGAUGUUUCCCUCUUCAGAAAUUGUGACCUUGCAAAAAAUCAAAACAAAGUGUCCUUGGAUGAGUCAUUCAGGAUUAGAAAAAUAGAAAAGUAUCACAUAUCUCAUAACCCCUUACGACAAAACACUGUGAUAGAUGAGAAAUACAACAAAGUCUGGAUCAAAGCAGGCCAUGAGAAAUGGCUUCACAAAAGCAGAAAACGGAAAAGGAGAAGAAAAUUAUGUCAUUGUCAUUAUCAUCACUGUGGAGACACAACAGUAGCAGAAAUGGAGCUGUCUCCAGUAACUGAAAAAGAAGUUACUUACAGAGAUGAAAAUAAAUAUCAGCACCUCCAAAAUAACGCAGAGAAGUGCAGGCAUGAUGCAGGAAAUAUCUGGUUAACUGCAGGUGAGGUGCAGCAGUCACAGCCAAAAUUCAGCAUUGACAAUGGUCCUAAGAGAGUCGUGUCUGCCUCAGAUCACAUACACUGGGACAGAGGCUGGUGUGACUUUUGGAGUGCAAAAAGCAGUGGCCAUCACCACCAUGGCUGUAAGGGACCUCACAGGAAGAGCAAAGGGAGCUCCCGGAGGCAGGCCAAGCAGCUGAGCUCCAGGAGGCACAGCCUAAGGCACUCCAAAACGUGCUGCAGCUGGAAAAUCAGGAGGCCAAGCUGUAGCCCAGAGCAUAAAUGUUUGGGACAGUGCAGUGAGGAGAAGGGGCCAAGCCAAAACCAGCCCACAAAGAGGGGUUACAGUGUUCUGACAGAAGAGCCCGAGAAGCCGCACCGCAAGCGGAGGCAGCACACCUAUUCCUAUUCCUCUUCCUCGGAUGAAAGCUCCUGUGGACAGGCAUUAUCAGCAGAGGAAUACCUAAGGCAAGGGCAUGCUUUAGGUGCCCACCACAAGGCAAAAGGGAAACGCAGGAAAAGGAAGACGAGGAUCCAUCAUGUUUUCCUUGACAGGAACGCAAAAGGCGAGACCUCUGAAUCUUCCAAAGAAAAUUCUGCCAAUCCUACGGUAAAUAUUUUGGGGGACUUACCGACUCAAGACAAUCUAGAGGAAACUAAUGCAGCUCCUAGAGAUGACGAUGCAAAAGACAGGGAUGAAACAAUGGAGCUGGAGGAGAGCAAGUCACCUCUGGAAAGUUCUGGCCCGCAGGUGGUGGAAGAUGAUAAAGCGACGGCGUGUGCAGUGACAGAGAGCGCGCCAGCCACGCUUCCUGAUGGCACCAUCCCAACUUCUGCUGCUCCUGCUGCCCCCCAGCACAGUGCUCCAGCAGCUGCUGUCAAACAGGGUGUUCCCCAAGAGGGAAAGAAAAAGGAAAAUGUCAACAGUCGCGAAAACCAAGCUCGUUACAAAGUUCCCGUCCCCAACAGACACUUGGAACAAGCUCCUCCCAAAUCCUAUCUUUGCCAUUACGAGUUGGCCGACUCUCUCCCGCACGAGAAGAUGGGCGAGGUGGCCGGUGAAUGGCUGCAGUGCAAUCCCGGCAUAUUCAGCAGCCCCCCUCCCUUGCCAUUCAAAGAAGCACACCUAAACACCCACACCUUCCUAACCACCGAGCAGCUCAUAGCCCCCUUCCCCCUGCCCGACCAGGCGCUGCUCUUCCCUCCUGACAGCCCCGAGAAGUUCAAGGAGCUCCCCUCGGAGGCCUACCAUCAGCAGAUGGUGCCGCAGAACGUGCUCUCGGCCAAGGUGAAGUUCGCCCUGGCGCCGCCGGGCUCGCCACUGCCACCGCUGCCGCCGCCACCGCUGCGCUCCAGCUCGGUGACCACCAUCCACCACACGGUGCUGCAGCAUCACGCCGGGGUGCUCAAGGUGCUGCAGCCGCACCAGCAGUUCCUGUCGCAGGUGCCGGCUCUGUCCAGAGCGCAGCCCUUAGCCCGGCUGGCCGUGUCCCCGGCGGGCCAGGCCGCGCUGGUGGCACCGCCACCGCUGCCGCUGCUGCCGCCCGCCGUGCUGCCGCCCGCGCCGCUGCCCUUCCCGCCGCUGCCGCACCCCGCCGGCUUCCCCUCCCUGCUGGCCCCGCACCCCGCUGUCAUCCCCCUGCAGCCGCUCUUCUAG